GUGCAGAUCAAGGCGGCCUGGAAGGCGGUGAACAUGGACCCCCCAAAACGGUUCACGUGAGAGUCCUUUUGUUGUUGGGAAGUUAACUUUCAAGGCAACCUUGCGAACUCCAGGUAGCUUUGCGGCUAUCCAUUGCAAGUGUUAGUGACGGUUGGACCUGAGCGAGGCAGCAGCUGGACAAAGUCAAAGCUCGAUUCCCGAGCCUUCCUGACCAUCCUCGCCUGGAGUACUCCCGAAGCUAGCACUGGCGCAUGAUUGAUUGGUGCCUUCCAAGGAUACCCAGGUUCAAUUGCACAUUUCACCCUGGAGUUAUAGGUAUACUUAAAGUUUCGAUACCUUGAUUUAGACAUUGGCGUUCUCUGUCCCUGCACCGCUACUUCAACCAUGGCAACUCCUUCAGCCAAACCUGGCGCAACGCCAACUCAUCUCACCACUUCUCCACACCCCUCCGCACCCCUUCGAUCAAUCGCUCAUAAAUCGCCCUCAACUCGAACUCCGUCAGCUUCGGGACCUGGCCAUGCACCACAUAUUAGUGUAUCCUCACACCAAUACGCCACACCUCUUGCAGCGACAAGCGCCGUCGACGACCCGGUCGUUUUCAGCUCCCCGUCAGCACUUCUUGCACUCGGUGGCUACACUGGCAUCAGCCCAUUGCCUGUAGCGCACGAAAGCCUUGUCGGACCCAGCAUGAAUGAAAACGAUAUCCAGACCUUGGGGAUGCAGGGUAUCAAGCUUGGUGGGGUGCCGCGCGAUAGCGAAGAGGAGCAGAAGCACCGGAUUCAGGAAGUGGUGCAGUGUCUUCGAGCGCGCGUUGCAGGCAGAGGUGUAUCACGGGAAGGCAUCGAACGACUCAGCCGACUAGAGGGGUUUGAAUCAAUAUGGCAAGAUAAUGACAUCAACAUUGCCGGGAAUUUCGUCGACCUGGAAAUCGAGUUCUAUCCCGGUUACGACGUUGUCAAAAAUGUCAGUCUGCGCUAUGCGACACCUGAGUUUACAGAAGGUGAACGACGAGAUGAAGCGUCUGCGGUUCUAAAGCGGAAUCUGGUGCAGCCGCUCGAGGACGUCGAGCAUGGGAGAUGGAGGUGCCUCCAAGGGUUUCAAGAAAAUUUACACUGGCUCGCAAAGCUCGACAAGCUUAGUCAAGAGGUCAACUGUUUCGAAGCUCUAGAGGGAUUGGAGGAGAAUCUCAACCGAGUCUGGGCCGAGGAAGGAAAGCGUGGGAAAUACGACGGCGAAUACGAGCACCUCUGCAAUGGAGUCAUUGGACGCCCAAGUAUGCACAAGGGAUCCCGAAUCGGUCUCGGCCUAGAAUACUGGGUUGAACAGGCCAAGGUCUUGGACGCCAAGCGGCAGAAAAUCUCGCCCGAUGCGAUGGUAGUCGAUCAAGACCAGAACAACGAGCUGGAUGGGCAGCAAAAGUUAUGGACUGUCAUGAUCGAAUGCGAAGAAGGAUAUCCAUCUCUUCGCAUCUCGAAGGAGUGGGUGGGAAUCGAAAUCUUUACGACCGGCCAAAAUAGCGAGUCGGCACCCAGCGGUGGCCCUACAGAGACGGUGAACUGGCUUGAACCUCCCCAAACCAUGCGACUGUCUCACGGUGAUCAUGACCCCAUGGCUCUGGAUUCUAGCAUGCUCGAAUCGACACCUCCAAACCGUCGUUUCGUUGCGAAGCUUGACCCCCCUCUGGAGCUUCCGAUCCUUGCAGCAUCCGAAAUUUACCGCCACUUAGGAAUGCAGCUACCACAAGAGUUCAAGAUGGUCACAUAUGACAAUCUUCUAAUCUCGGAAGGGUCACAAUUGGACGUUACUCCGCAGCCUAGUCGGAGGAAGCGCCGGAUGUCGGUACAGGGUUUUGACUCAACCGGCGCAGCCUGUACGAAUCAUCAUAACUACACCUUCCAAGCAUUUGAGUCAGUUGCUGGUCGGACUAUCCGUGAUCUUCCAUUCUCGCAUCCUCGACAACUCGCCGAUAUCCUUCCAGUGUUCCGUCAAUAUGCCUUGUUGGCGAAUCUGAUCCGAAAUAUUACCGGUGGCUCUACCAAGAGCAAGGAUGGGAAACGAGAGCCUUCGAAAGGUGCAUCAGUCGGCGAUUCGGCUUCUGCCAGCCAAAAGCUAUCCUUUGCUGGUCAAAGUGAUAUCAUCACACUGAGCAAUGACGACCCCAAUGAGGAGAAGUUGAGUGCCCUGCUUAGCGAUGGGUUUUCAGCCGCCUUCACAACUGUCGCUCCUUCAUUCCACAGCGAAGAAGAUCCCGACGACGUCAGGGUGGACGUAACCCUGCGAACGCAAAUUGGCCAAUCGCCGGCUCUAAUGCUGCUUGUCACGGACUCUAGCACUAACGCCGAAGAAGCCGUGGUCAAGCCAGUCCAAUUAUCGAUCUGUGUCGAAGUCGGCCUCAACGGACGUAUAACGGUCGUUGACGUGGCCGAGCUGACUGGACAAAGCGGCGAUAGUGGCGAUGCGGAGAUGCAAGGGACAGAUGCUGCCGGGCCAAAGCUGCAGGAGAUGCAUGAGAAGAUCGCCAGGGUUCUGGAGAUCUCGCAGGACUUGGGGAUCCUCGUCGAGUGGGUCCUGCGUUGGCUGCGGCAACGGCCCGGCAGCGGGUGAGGCUGACCAGCCGAGGAUUCCGAGACUGGAGGCUGUUUAAGUCUGGAGCUAGCUACCCAUGCUGUUUCUUGACCGUCUCUGAGGUUCUCAGUUAUUGCAGAGCUGAGUUGCGCUGGAGCUACGAGUAGCCGCUGCCGAGACUCUCAGCAUGGAGCGAAAUAUCCUAUCUGCAUGAAAAAUCUAGUCAUGCUCGAGUCGAGAACAAGGCGAGACGUAUCACUCCAGAUGACAGAGCGUACAUACCCUCAUUGGAUACUUCGAAUCAUUGUGAAGAUCGAGGUAUACCUACCUUUUCUUAUCAGUCUCCGGCGGUAUUCUCCCUCCUGCAGCGCCCAGCGGGAGGGUUCGCCCACCACGUAUCGGUUAUGCCAUGUCAUAUACGAACCCCCGCGGCUUGCAAUGCAGUACUCCUAAAUUCGAGUAAUGCAGGGGUCAAUGACGAGGAUGCUGGCUCGAGAGAUACGGUAUAUUUGCGAUCUAUGAAAUGAUGACAAUGAAAAUACAAGCGGCCCCUCCCACCGCCAAUCUGGGCUCCAAAGACCGGAGUAAACCGUUCGUUGAUCACCCAUGACGUAGUAAUACCAGUUCAAACCCCACGACUGGGAAUAGGCAACGUGAUAACCUUCCCUCAAGGCCUGAGUACCUCGUUUCAGGGACCUUAAUCCUUGUUCUCAAUCCCCGUAGAUCUUUCUACCCUCGAGUGGCGACGACAUCAUAUGGCAUCAUUAUCGUCAUGUAGACCAGUUCAUCAGAAUAACCGCCGUUUCUCUCCUGUCAGUGCCAUUACGUCGUCCCCUUGCAUCUGUAGAGCAGCCGAGACAAGACGAUCACCGGGAGAGUUCUUGAAUCUACAAGGAUACCAGGACCCAACAUUACCCGUACUUCUGUCUGGUGUGAGGUAUAUUCUAGAUACCACCUACCGCAUGAACCCCCAACUCGCCUGACGCGCAUGAAUAAUAAAUUACUCCAGAGUGAUUUGUCGACCGACCGACCGAGGUUCUCAUUACGAAUUACCGACCAGACUACGAGGCACUAUCAAGGGCCAGUCGAGUCUGACCCGCACUAAAACGAGGCUUUUGUGAUAGCCGCUGGCGGGGGGGCCCGCGUCGGAUGACAUCGUUAGCCUGUUCCUGUUAUCAGCGGGACUCCGCAGCAGAGCGGUGCCUGGGAAACGAUAGCCC